AUGGAUCCAGAUAGAGAUAAGCUAGAAGAAGGAAUCCUAUUACAGCGUAAACGUGAAACGGAAGAAGAGGAUGGACCUUCAGCAGAAAAUGCUUUUGGUCCCUGGAUGCUGGUUCAACGACGGCACAAGCAAUUUAAUGGUAAGAAUAAAACAUUGGAGAAGUCAUGUGGGGAAAAGGAAAUGAUCAGUGGUGAUAGACUAUCUGAUAAAGAAAGAGGAAGAAGCCAAUCCAGAUUUGCUAUUCUAGAAGAAGAGUUGGAGAAUAUCGAGGCUGUGGAAAAUCCCCUUUUUAAUGAAGUAAAGGAUUUUAAUUUCUCAACAAGGGAAGGGACCUCUCAAGAGCCGAAUAAACCAUCUGUGGGGCAGCCACGUAAUGCAAGAACGAAUGCUAGAAAAAAGGAUAAUGCUAAAAAGAAAAAUUUAGAACGAGAUGUUGAUGACCACGAUCGCCCUUUGCUUGAAAGUUCAGAUAGCCAGCGACAUGAAAAUGAGUUGAACGAAGUCGUUUUUGCAAAAGAUAAGCAACCGGCAAGCUCUGUCACUCAGUUUUCGACGGAUAAUGACGUCAUACUGGAAGGGAAGCAGGGAAACAUAUGUCUAAAUUGGGGGAAUAAGGAGACUAGUCAUUCUCAGCAGGAACUAAUGCAUCUGGUCGAGGCUGUCAAGGCUGACAACCUUGUGUCUAAUAUUCUGGAUAAUUCAACGCAUGUUGCAGUUCGAGCUUCCAGACCAUAUCAACGUUCGGGUCAAUCUCACACAGGUUCAAUCCGCGACAAAAUGGUGAUUAGAGGAGGAAAAAUGACUAUAAGUGCUGGUUCAAGUGCAGCGUCUGGGUUUAUUAAAGAUUUGAUCAGAAGUUAUAAUGUAUCCUGUAUCAUUCUCCUUGAAACAAGAAUCAGUGGUCUUGCGGCUGACAGGGUUAUUAAAAAUAUUGGUUUUUGCAAUUCCUUUAGAGUCGAGGCGGAUGGCUUUGCUGGAGGGCCCCAUGGCAACUUGGCAGAGGGGUCUGGUGAAGGAGAGAUUAGAUCGUGCAUAAGAUUAGCAAGCGAAAAACCAGAAUUGAUCGAUUGCAACUUACUGAUGGCUCAUGGUGCUCAGAUCAAACUAGAUUAUGUCGGCAGGCGAUUUCGUUCUCAAUGUUCUUCUAUUUGGCGUCGUAUGUGGCCUUUUAUUUCGGGAAAUUCUAGCUGGAGUAUUGGUAAUGGUAGGCGUGUGUCCUUUUGGUUUGAUAAUUGGUUAGGCACGAAACCUUUGAUCAACCAAAUUACACAGCCUAUACCAAGUAGUUCUCAUGAGUGGCACGUUAAAGAUGUUUUGAGUGGGGAUACCUGGGAUUUUAGACUUUUGUCAGAUUUUUUACCAGAUGAGGUUUUGGACAAUCUAAAUUUGUGUUGUCUUCCUAGAGAUGAGUUGGAGGAUGAUAUCCGAAUCUGGAAUCUUGCUGGCAAUGGCCAAUUUUCUUUGGCUUUGGCUUAUUUGGCUCUUUUGGACCUGGGAUUUAGCAAUGGCCAUGGUUAUUAG